ACAUUGUACCUAGGUAAUCUGAGGAGGAAAAAAAAAGAUUUUAAAAAAGAAAAGAAAAGAAAAGAAAAUCCCCUCGCCUUAGAAGAGUCAGGAGAGCUGGAGUGGAGGGGCACGUCAGAGUUCCCUCCCCUGGAGCCAAACUCUAUGGGAACUUUUUCUGCAGAAAUAGAUAACUAAGCGGUGAGUCAAGGCUUGGCUACAGAAGAGGAUGGAAGGUUUGAAAGAAGGGGGAGUGUUUGACCGGUUCUGUCUCUAUUUCUCUCUCCUGGAACAGAGACAAGAGGGACGUCAAAUCAUGACGUCAAAAAAAUAAUUAAAAACAAAAGCUUUGGGAAAGAAAAGUUCGUUGUGUUCUCUGCCCUGUGCAUCAGGUGGGAGGAGGGAGAAGCACGGAAGGGUGGUGUUGGUGCCGGCCCCUUUCAGUACCCCCAUCCCUUUCUGGGCUGUUUCUCAAUCGCUGACUCAGCUGACGAGUCUAGGCUCUUGAAACGAUUGAAAGGAUUCAGCUGAAGAAAAAAGGAAGUUUGUAAGGAGAGAUAAGAGUUGAGCUGUCCCGUCCACCCGGCUCAGUUGCAUCAGCGAAUGGUCAAGUAGUUGCGGAGCCCCGACAAACCAGGUUACUGGGGGGAAAGGAGGCUCGGGAGUGUUUCCUCCCAGCAGCUUUGUGGGCGGGAGCCUGGGCCGGCUUGAGGGAUUUGGAGGCGUUUCUUGAUGAUGCAACCGACAAACACAAGCACGUGAGAGCUCAGAGCGGGAGGAAACUAGAAACUGAAGGCUGGAGGAGGCAGUGUAGCUCUGGGCGCUACCAGGAGGAAUUCGAGCUCUCCGGUGUCAAGAGGUCCUUUCUGCCUGCCAAAGUGCAGGGAACCUCCACAGCUCGCGGCCAAACUUCAUGGGAUCCAGAAGAAUGAGCACCCAGUAGGAGUUAUCUUCAUGAUGCUGAGGUUGCUGCUUCUUGGUUCCAUGCUUUUGAGAGGCACCAUUGUCUCUGCAGUGGAGAUAUCCUCUCUGAACGGGACCGUGGGAAAAUCUAUCCUGCUCUGUAUAGCCACAGAUUAUGGAAAUGAGACUCGGUCAAUUGAAUGGAUUGAUAAGACUCGCAAUCAACUCCUGUUCAAGAUCCAGCCGGGGGAAACUGAGUCAAACUGGACUACCGCCCAGGACACAUACAAAGGGAGGCUGUCUGUACAUGAUAUGCGUUGUCUGAAGAUUGAGAAUCUGACCUCUGAAGACAGUGGUCUCUAUGAAGUAGAAAUCAAGUUGAACACUGGAGAAAUAAAACCUCAGAUCUUCAACGUGACUGUGUCUGGCACUGUGACUACAGGAUCCAACAUGAAACCACAGAAUUACUGGAUCUCAAUUGGCAUCCCAGUGGGUAUAGUCUGUGUUGUCCUCCUAGGGAUCGGAGUCCUGCUGUGUAAAGGCUUUUUCAAAAAAAGAAAAACGCCACAAGUGCAAAAUCUCAAGGAUGAGAGAAGACUAGAGGAGGGAAGGGCAGCUCAUCCAAAUGAUUUCCCUUCACAUCAAGAAUUCCAGAUUAAGGAAACAUACAGAGCCUGUAAAAAUGAACUCCCAACCCUUGAAGGAAAUUCUCCUGUGGAAAGUCUUUCUUCUUCUUGGGAUCCUCUCCUGGACACUAGUCACCCUGGACAGACUGAAGGGAGCCAACCUGAGAAGUACAAGGUCAACAUGUCUCAAUCAGACUGCCUACUGCCCCCCAUCCAUUCCUCAGGUUCCUCAGUCUCUGGGGCAUAAUGGGCAUAAUCUAGACCCCAUGGUGGCAAACCUAUAGCACUGUCAACAUGGAAUCUAGGAAUCCCAAACUUGUUACCUAGUGAGAUCUGAUGAACCCCAAUUUUCUGGACUAGCUUAUAGAUUGGAGACCCCAAAGCUUGUACUUGUUCCCUGUUCCCAUGAGGAAUCUACCCUGAAGGGAAACGAUAAUCCUGGUUGCGGGAGAUAAACAUAUGCUAAGGACCAUCUUUGUUUUAGGUAGUCUCCCCUAUUGUAUUAGAACCUUUCUCAGGAAGGUCAGACCUGGGCAUGAACCAUCCUUUAGUAACCAUUGUAAGCAGCCCCCUUCUCUUGCACCCUAGCUUCUAGCUAUGAUUGUAUCUUGUCAGUGUAGUUUGAACACUCCCAUUUUCCUUGUAGCCAUAGUGAUGUCAAUCACCUUUCCCUGCCCCUAGAUUUCCCAAAGGGUAUAUAGGUUCCCCAAGUUCUUUUGUUCCCUGGAGUCCAUCCUGAGUCAGUGGCACUCCCGGGGGCUAGUGACAAGGGAGUCUUGACUCUUGGUGUUAUGGGCAAGAAGGAUACCUUUGGGUAUCCUUUGGCUAAUUAAAUACAGCCACAGCAAGCUCCACCUUUCCUCUUCCUCUCUCUUCCCCUCUCUCUCUCUUCCCCUUUUCCUCUCUUCCAGCUCACACUGAUGCCUGUCCUUGCUGGAGCCUGGCCUCUGGCCAGGCUCUAUCUUUAAUCCUUCUCUAUCUCUCUCACCUGGGACCUGGCCUUCGGCCAGACACUUUCUUUUCUCUAUCAUCUCUCCGACCUGUGUGGUAUUAAGUUUGGAUCACUGGACGGAAAUACGCCUUUGGAAUAGUCCACUGAUCAGAGUUUUGCUGUGGCUCAUUGAUAAUUAAUAAGGCCUGGAUUUCUGACUCAUUCCUGCCACCUCAUAUCAAUAAUUUGGUUCCGCCAUCCCCCUCGUGGUAUCUAAAACUUCUAUCCUUCCUCUAUCUUCCUACCUUAAAGCUUCUAUCCCCUCGGGAAGCUUUAACCUCUGACCAAGGCAGAGGGAGCUUAGGCCCAAAAGGGCCAAGGUGGAAAGAAAUCAGUCCUUGACUCAUGUGACCGAUCUGAAGGGAAGCUUUCUGCGGGCCUCCUCCCUGUCCAAGCUCCUAACACGAGCUAGCAUCUCGCUCUGUCCACAGGAAGUGAGUGAAUUCCAGAGGCUGCUUUCUCCAUCACUUCCUGUGCCUCACAAGUGCCAAUGGUGGCUCAAGCUUGGGUUAGGACAGCCCAGGUGGGCAGUUAGUCAUUUGAUUUGUCAUUGACUAGCACAUGCCCAUGUAGUGUGGGUGUGCACAAUUUUUGGGUGCUAGACCAAGAUGGAAUGGAGACUUUUAAAAUUCACAAUCCCCCCUGAUGAUGAUUGGGGUACUAGUCUCCCCAAUUGAUCACUAAACAUAAGCAUACUGCACCCCCAAAAUUCUAACUGUUAAGUGUAUACAAAAAUUUUUACCCACUAAGAGGAAAACUAUAAUAGUUGUAGAUAUGGAGAAAUAGAGGAGAGAGAAUGACAGCAAACCAAUGUUUUGCUGGGCACAUUGACAAAAGCCAAUUAGGGGGCAGUCCCCUUUGGCAUAAGAGUGUACAUUCAAAAAAUGUUCAAUCAACCAUACCCCAAGGUUCAUUCUGGAUCUUCCUGUAGUGAAAAGGUUUAGAUAUCUUUCUGCAAACAGUUCAUUCUCUAGAUUCAGUUAGUUAGCAAGCUUCUUCUCUGAAGAUCUAUCUCGAACAAAAUUUAAAUCUUGGAUUUUAUGAAAUACAAUCCCCCCUGAAGAAAGUGUUAAAAAAAAAACACUGAGUCCAGCUAAGGCUGCAAGGUUUAGUCGUGGGGGUGUGGGUUAAUCCAAAAGGAAAACAAAACAAAAUAAAAAGCAAAAGAAGAAAAAGGGAAAAAAUUAAGGCAAAAUAUAUACCCUUUAUAUAUACAUAUAUUUAUAUUAAAGAAGAAUUCAAAAUCAGUAUCAAAAUAUCAAAAAAUCUAUAUAUACAAGAUUUUGAAAAAGCAAGAAUAAUAAAAAAAAUUUUUAUUAUUUUUUUUACAAGCCCCUGUAUUAGGGUCCCGUUAAGUAAUUUCUAAUCCCACAAGUCUGUAGGACAGAAUGCAGCAAAUUUCACUUACCCAUUUGCAGCCAAGGCUACAGGAAGUUGCCAUACUAUAGGAAAGGAAAAAGGACAAGAUUCUUAUUUUUAUAGGGAAGUGUCAUUUCCUCAUCUAAUUUUACCUUCAUUCUCAGGGAUGGAGAGAACCAGGAUGUUAGCCAACCUUUGGUACUUGUCUGUAGGUAUUUUCAGAAAGAGUGUGGAUUCAAGGAAGGCCUACAUUUAACAUCUGUCAAGUGGCGCAACCCCGAGUCUCACACUGGGUUCAAGUCCUUAGUAUUGGCUUAGAAAUGCAUUGGUCUUUGAUUUUUAGACCUGUGAGCUCUUUUGGCAUUAUCCAGGUCAUCUCUGUGCUCCUUUUUGAUCCCGUUCCUAGAAUCAGACACAAACAUUAAUCAUAGUCCCACAACAAUUAUCAAUAAAUGGCAGGUUCCCAUAGUCUAAAGCUGUUUGGGUGAGUAUUAAUAAUAAUAGCAAGUAUAUAUAUUUAAACUAAUAUUGUAAAAUAAAAUUAAUAUUGAUUGUAUGUACCUUAAGUAUAUAGAAAUGAGAA